AUGGCGUUGGCAUCGGAAUCGACUCAACUCUCCACCUCCUCCACAUUAUCACUUUUCACAAAAGUCAUCAAUUUUCCGAUGAGUAGUACUAGUCCUCCGACGUUCGUCUGCGAUUUCGCCGACGACGAGUUGCCUAGCGAGGACUGGCCGGAGAUGGAGUUCCGGUCACCGGAGGACAAGGACCAGGCUUGGUACGGAGUGGAGCCGUGGGAUAUGUGCGACUCCUUGGUGGUUAGCUUCAACGAAUUCCCCUGCGCUUACGACGAGGUCUAUUCUCCGGAAGACUUCAAGAACUCCGACGAGCUCAAAGAGUUCGAAGAGAGGUUCCGACCUACUUCAGUUCAGAUGCAAGACAGCCAGUGCCCGACUGUCAACGAAGGCACGAAAGUCUGCGCCACGUGUCCUUCCGUCACCGGAGAAGUCAAGUUCUACGACGCCAUCGUCGUUGCGGUGGAGAGGACGGAGCAUGGUCGGGAUGAGGAAGGGAGCGAAGUCUGUGGUUGCAAUUUCAAGGUUUUUUGGAACCAAGGUCCUUGUGCGAACCUGGUUACAUCUGCAAAAGUUGGAGACAUCUGUCUUAAACGGGAGGAUGGUCGAAUGCAUCCUAAGGUGGUCUCUUUCUUCAAAGAAGCUAGAAGGCAGCUUCAUGGAGGAUCUUCCCAAGGGGAAGAGACAGAGUGGCAAAAGAUGUUGAAGAGGGUCAAUGCUGCUGUUCAAAACUACAACAUAAGUUCCUCUGUUCCAGAUAAUCUCGGUUAG